GCAUUUGGUGGCAGCACUUCUGAAGCAGCAGGCGCACAUACGUAGAGAAGACUGAGACUUUCAGUCAGUGACGCCGAGCUGCACAACAACAAGCCUCUCCUUCAGCCUGCUUUCCACACUUGACUAUCCUCAAUUUGUGUCCAUGCAAACAGCAUUUUUUUCUUUUCUUUUUUUUUUGCACACUGCAAAGAGAACUCCGCAUCCCAGGCACAGCGAUCCGUCAUGAACUCUGGAAGCAGACACUGAGACGAGACAGAGAUGCUGAUGUCUGGGAUGCUCCAUCGCCUCCUCCUGGCUGGGACCUGUCUCUGUGUCUAUGGAGCCCCUGUCCACCUCCCAAACUUCACCCCCACACAGGACAGCGACUGUGACGGGCGGUGUGCCGGCUCAGUGACAACUGUUGGGUCAACGCACACUACAGAUGUAAAAUCUGACACCUCAGAUACAGAACAUGUGACUGGCCUGCUAUUGAAUACAGGUGUAGAAGGAGGGGCUGGCCCACUUGGACGUCCUGAGGGGAUAGCUCCAGUGACGCAGACCGAAAAUUGGGACAGCCUUGAUGGAAGAUCUGGGUCGAGUGUUGCUGGCGGAGAGGCAUGGAGCCAAAGGAGCGGGGUAAAGAAGGUCGGGAGCUUAUCAGAGAUGGGAGACGCUCAGUCAGAGUCAGCUUCAGUGCUGUCUGUUGAUCCAGAAGAUAAGGAGGACAUACCUGUCAUCAAGCCUGCGUUAAGUCCCACACGUGGGAGAAAGCAGUUGGACACAGCCGUGAGUACCGCAGGGUUUACUCCAGAUGGAUUUUCAGCCUCCUCAAGAGUGCCACCACAGCUGAGCAUCACCGCCAGGGAGGGCAAAGACCAAGGUGAGGAAGACCGAGCAAAACUGGCUGGUUAUGGUGAUUCUCUCCGGGAUAAAGAUCCAGAAACAAGCUUGCCAUCCUCUACAGAAACUCCAAAUACUGGAGAAUGGAUCCAAAAACUGACCUCCCACAGUCCCACCCUUCCCUCGGUCUUUCUCUCCCCUCUGACCUUCACGCAUUUGCCAAUUUGGGGCCAUGAUGGAGCUACAAUAUCCUCCCUCACAGACCCUUUGUUACCUGAAAUCGGACUAAACCUGAUGCCCAGAGAGGAUGGACCAGAAAGUCUGUGGACUGAGGCGGCGAGGCCCGGUGGUGCGGACACCGUGGUCCCGCCAUCUCAGGAUGAAGCCACAGAGGGCACCAUGUCGUCAGAGGCUCUCCCUCUCAUCUUUGAGCCUUUCGAAGAUGUCACACCGGAGGGGGCAGCAGCAGAGGCAGUGGCAGCGGUCACGCUGGUGCCCGGCAGCGCUCCGCCUCCUGCUGCCAUGGCGACUCGAGAAAUGCCUCAGUCAGAGGUGGAUCUGGACCAGCUGGUCACGGUGGAGACAGACAGCGACGGUCCCUCGCAUGCCCCAGCCCUGCUGAUGCCAGACUGGACGAUACCUUGGCAGACGUCUGGCGGGGAGCUCCUGGAGCCAAUCAGCUCCUUAGGUCCAUCGGUUUCACAGCAGCAAGCGGCGACUGAGCCGGAGGAUCACUCUGAGAGAGGUGCCGCUAGGACGCCAAACCGUGAAGAGAACUUGCCCACCAUUGGCCCCUCCUUCUCAUCCUUCCAGCAUUCUGUGACAACGGUAACCAUGGCAACCCAUCACCCGGCACACAGAUCCAGAUCAGGGUUGGAGCAGAUGGAGUCUGAGGAGGAGCCAGAUGAAGAUGAGGAGGAUGAGAACUCGGAGGAAUCGGUGGAGGAUGAGAGCGAGGAGGACCUGACAGAAACACCUAAAACAUUCUCAACGCAGCCUCCGUACAGCCCCAUCCCUCCACCUCCUGUCUGGGUUCAACGCAACCAGGGGCUGAUGCGGAGCUGGGUGGAGCUGAUCAGAGAAAAGGCGGGUUAUGUGUCUGGGAUGUUGGCCCCUGUGGGCAUUGGCAUCACUGGGGCCCUGCUGAUCGUUGGCGCCCUCUACAGCAUCAGGAUGAUUCACCGCAAGAGGAGGAACAGCUUCAAACACCAGAGGAGGAAGGUCAGGCAGCCAGAGCAACCGCGAGAGCCCGGGACCAGCCGUCAGGACCAGGCCAUGCUGCUGGCCGACAGCUCCGAGGAUGAGUUCUGAUGAGACCCUUUAAGGCUCCUUUUGUCAGUGACCAACGGCUGACGCUCCUGUAAAGGAGGGUCGGAUAACACCCCCAUCGCUAUGACUACCGCAUCUCCAAUCACCCUGGGCUGUUUGGCUAUGACUCAUCUGAUCCACAGAGUGCGACUGAGAAUAGGACACAAUUUGCACAAAGGUCUGCUUUGUAUACCCUCCUUUCUAAAAAGUACCAAUGUGAGCACUUUUCUGAAUGUUGUCAGGUGACUCUAAUGGCUUGGCAGGGCUGGCGUCAUACACUUUGACAUAAAAACUGAUAUUAAUGCUAGUUAAAAAAAUAAAAUAAAGCAUUAGCAGGGUAUUGGCAGGUUGAGUGUGUUGCUGGUAAACUGUUGGAGUUGAGGGGGAAAAUGUGGACCAGCAGGCGUUCUGUCAAGUAAUAAAAAAGGGCUGUAGAAGAGUUACAUCAAUGUAAAUAUACAGUAUGUACUGUAUAUGUAGCUGGCUUGGGGUCAGUCAUUUUAAUGUAAAUAAAGUUGUAUUUCUUGCUAUACAUUUAGGAUAUUUAAAGGAAUUGUUCAACAUUUUGGGAAAUACGCUUAUUCGCUUUUUUUGCAGAGAGUUAAAGAGAUUAUCUUCUCGUCUAACUCUCUACAUGAAAUUGGAAAAGCGCGUUUCCCAAAAAUGCUGAACUAUUCCCUUAAAGCAAGAUUUCCUCACAUUUCAGAAACCUUCACAUACAAUUCAACUAAUGCUUCGUUUAAAUGUGAAUUUUGUGGAAAUGUAAAUGUUUUAUUCAAAGGCAUUUGUUCAUAAAAGUUCCUGUGAGACGCACAUACAAAAUACCAUAAUCCUACAAAAGUAUGUAGCAUAAAACAGAUUUUGAUGUACAAUAUAACUCUUAAUAGGAAUUCAUUCUUUUGCCACUUGAAGUGCAUGACUACGAAGUCUAUUCCCACUACUAAGACUAUACACAGGCCCGCUGCAGAGACUUAUUUCUGAUGAAUGCAGGGUUUACGUUGGCUGAAAAAGCACAAACAUUGAAGACAAGUUCAUAUUUUCACAAGUUGAAAUUUCACAUUUUUCGUGUCUUUUGUGUGUUAAUCUGGUUAAAACCAGGGCAGAAUAAAGCAAACGUUUUGGCCAACACGUCCGGCCCAAUGUCACAUUGCUGAGAUGUAAUAUGUAGUCCAAUCAAGUCCUUACGUUUUGAGGAAGAGUCAUUUCAUAAAAUCUGUAGUUGAGACAAAUAAGAUGCAAGAAAUAUUUGAACACUACUCAUUUGAGCCAUGUCUGUAACACCACGCAAAGUAUAGUCUUUUGUUUAAAGAAAAUAUAUUUUCUGUAACUUCAUCGCCAUCUGAUACAGAAAUGUACUGCCUGUUUAUAUGCAAUAAUACUGUUUUAGGGUAAGUGUAAUGUAAAAUAGGACACUUUUGUCUCUUUAUGUAGAUAUGAAACAUGUGAUCUAAUAAACAAUUCUUUAACAUGUCUGAUUGGGACACUUUCUUAAUAUUACAGCUUA